UACACUGCAGCCAGGCCCUCACCUGCUGCAUUGCCCCAGGAAGCUGACACUGUGCUGGGCAACGUCACACCUCCUGAGGACAACCAGGAGGACUCUGGCUUUUGCUGAGCUGUGCAUCUUACCUUCUUCCUGCAAAAGGCUUCAGACCCAAGCUCCACUCUCCCCAAGUCGUGCGCACCCCUGGCCAAGCACCUCACUGUCCCUCGAGCCCCACGCAGUCCUAGAGCACACCUCUAGGACCUGCCCUCCUGCUCAGAAUGACUCACCAUUAUUUCCAGCUCAAGUGAGAAGAUGUGACGGGGACUGAGCUGCCUAUUUGUGUAUCUGUGACAUCGGGUCUGCUCUUCAAGGAAGAGAAAGAACCUCAGGCUUCUGCCUGGCCAGCCAAGCGAGGCUGUGUCUCCAACUCACAGAGGGCUCUGGGGCUUUCCUGCAGGAGCACAGACUAAUGCUUCUGUGUUUCCUGGGGCCCAGUUACCAGCACCUUGAGUUCCCUGCUGCAGGCAGCUGGAAGGCAUAAAGUAAAGUACAUUCCUCAGCCCUAAUUAUGACAGUGGCUACCGGAGACCCCGUGGAUGAGGCUGCUGCCCUCCCUGGGCACCCGCAAGACACCUAUGACCCAGAGGCAGACCAUGAGUGCUGCGAGAGAGUGGUGAUCAACAUCUCAGGCCUGCGGUUCGAGACUCAGCUAAAGACCUUAGCCCAGUUCCCAGAGACCCUCUUAGGGGACCCCAAGAAACGGAUGAGGUACUUUGAUCCCCUCCGAAAUGAGUACUUUUUUGACCGCAAUCGCCCUAGCUUUGAUGCUAUUUUGUACUACUACCAGUCUGGGGGCAGGUUGAGGCGACCUGUGAAUGUGCCCUUAGAUAUCUUCUCUGAAGAAAUCCGGUUUUAUGAGCUAGGAGAAGAAGCAAUGGAGAUGUUUCGGGAGGACGAAGGCUACAUCAAGGAAGAAGAGCGUCCUCUGCCUGAAAAUGAGUUUCAGAGACAGGUGUGGCUUCUCUUUGAAUACCCUGAGAGCUCAGGGCCUGCCAGGAUUAUAGCCAUUGUAUCUGUGAUGGUCAUUCUGAUCUCCAUCGUCAGCUUCUGUCUGGAAACCUUGCCCAUCUUCCGGGAUGAGAAUGAGGACAUGCAUGGUGGUGGGAUGACCUUCCACACCUAUUCCAACAGCACCAUCGGGUACCAGCAGUCCACCUCCUUCACCGACCCUUUCUUCAUCGUAGAGACUCUCUGCAUCAUCUGGUUCUCCUUCGAGUUUCUGGUCAGAUUCUUUGCCUGUCCCAGCAAAGCUGGCUUCUUCACCAACAUCAUGAACAUCAUUGACAUUGUGGCCAUCAUCCCUUACUUUAUCACCCUGGGGACAGAGUUAGCUGAGAAGCCAGAGGACGCCCAGCAAGGCCAGCAGGCCAUGUCACUGGCCAUUCUCCGUGUCAUCCGGUUGGUAAGAGUCUUUAGGAUUUUCAAGUUGUCCAGACACUCCAAAGGUCUGCAGAUUCUAGGUCAGACCCUCAAAGCCAGCAUGAGGGAAUUGGGCCUCCUGAUAUUCUUCCUCUUCAUUGGGGUCAUCCUCUUCUCUAGUGCUGUCUAUUUUGCAGAAGCUGAUGAGCGAGAUUCCCAGUUCCCCAGCAUCCCGGAUGCUUUCUGGUGGGCAGUUGUCUCCAUGACAACUGUAGGCUAUGGAGACAUGGUUCCAACUACCAUUGGGGGAAAGAUAGUGGGUUCUCUGUGUGCAAUUGCAGGUGUGUUAACCAUUGCCUUACCAGUCCCUGUCAUAGUGUCUAAUUUCAACUACUUCUACCACCGGGAGACAGAGGGAGAGGAGCAGGCCCAGUACUUGCAAGUGACAAGUUGUCCAAAGAUCCCGUCCUCCCCUGACCUAAAGAAAAGUAGAAGUGCCUCUACCAUAAGUAAGUCUGAUUACAUGGAGAUACAGGAGGGAGUAAACAACAGUAAUGAGGACUUUAGAGAGGAGAACUUAAAAACAGCCAACUGUACCUUGGCUAACACAAACUAUGUGAAUAUUACCAAAAUGUUAACUGAUGUCUGAUUGAAAUCUACUAAUGUACUCACAGCUCAACAGGACUGAUGCAGAUGUUGCAUAAUAGCCUGCAUUGUGGUCUGUGUUCUACAGUGUGCAUCUGGUUCUGCAUGGAAAGCAACAGUCGUGCAAGUGACUUUUGAUCUUUUGAUUUUUGAUUUAGAACACAGAAUAUUUAUCAUGGCUUUCAUGAAAUCUUCAUCACCAACUUACAGGUUUCCAAAGACGAGAGUUACCCAUGGAGUCAGCAUCUCAGAAAGGCACAAUGCAGCCCCCUCACACCCCCACACAACCUACCAUAUCAGCACCAUCCUAUCUUCCAACCUAACCACGAACACACCUGGGAGGUGCAUUCCCCCCACCCCACCCCUACCACCCCAUUUCAGCCCAUCUGCCCCCUCACAGAGGAACACACCAUCACAGCUUAGUUCUAAAGUCUGGUGACUACUCCAAAGGUCAUUCCCAUUCUCACGUUGAGAAGAACACACAGUCCUGUGUGUUGGAACUACUUUCUGUGUCACAGGCUGGGGUUUGUGAAUUGCAGUUGCCAACUAGAUGCUCCAGAGGCUUAUGUUUCAUAACGGAAAAAUGCUGCAUUCUGCUUUUUCUCUGCAGUGUCGAUGUGAGGGAAGCCCAGGGGGGGUGGGGGAGGGACAGUUAAUAUGACCAAAUAUGAGUUGUCAAGUUUCACAUUUGUUCCCUUAGGCCUAUGGGGAGAAGCUACCUAAUUCAGGGACUUCUCAGCUUCAGAUACUAUUUUGCAAGCCUCAGGGCCACAGAACAUGUUUGAUUUCUACUUUUGCUCUGGAGUUUGCAGACACCAGACAUUGCUUUCCUGGUGGUGUGGCCCAGCUCCACUGACACUGCAGUGGAGUAUACCAGUCAUGCAAUAGAGCUGCAUGGGUGUUCACUGCAUGAAUCUCAAUAUUUAAAACACAGGAGAUAACCUAUUUUCCUAGUAGCCGAUACAGUAUUCCUACUUAGAGUAUUAAUAGCCUCGGGAUGGUAUUGAACUAGGGUUUUUUCACAUCAGAAGGCAAAAGCCCUCAUCAGGGUAAAACAAAGACUAUUUGGAAUGGGGAACCAAAACUUCUGGCUGGCCCUCUCAGCCACCUCUGUUCUUUCACUGGGAGCACAGACCUUGCCACACUAGGAGAAUAAACAGAAAAGUCAGAGUGUAAACUUUCUCAUGAUUCAACUUUGGGAAUUAAUCUAGUCGUGGGCAUGACUACACAGCUUACCAGGCUGAGGACAGGCAGGUCUGUGAGUUCAAUGUAUAUA